UGUGCUGUCUGCGGUGCUGAAGCGCCAGUUUCAGUCAUAUUUGUGUGAGAUAAACACCUUUUCCCUCUGAGAAUUACAGAUUUUUGCUUUAUAAAGAGUCAUUUAUGUGCUGUAAAGCGAAGAGCAGAAGAACAUGGCGAUGUUUGAGCUCUGAAUGACGGUCUGAUCAGCAGUGUGUGUGUCUCCUGAUGGCCGUGUCUGCGCAGCGGUGUGUGUUUCUGCAGUGUGAGUGUGUGGGCCAGCAGAUCAUCAGUGUUCUCCAGGGGUUCAGACAGCGGAAUCUCCUCCUGGAUUUCAGUAUUCAUGUUCAGGAUGAGACGCUGCUCUGCCACCGCUGUGUGCUCGCCGCCUGCAGCCACUUCUUCAGGGCGAUGUUCGAGCUGGACAUGCGCGAGUGUGUUGACGGCUCCGUGACCCUCAGUAGUCUCUCCGCUCAGGCCGUUCACACGUUCCUGGACUUUGCGUAUUCUGGGGAGAUAGAAAUCAGAGAGGACAACGUGGAGAUGCUGUUUCAGAUGGCCUCCUUCCUGCAGGUGGACUUCCUGUUGCGCGCCUGCAGUGACUUCCUGCUGGAGUCUCUGGAUGUGUCCAACUGUCUGCAUCUGCUGGCGCUGGCGGAGGGAUACGGUUCGACACAGCUGCUCUGCGGCGCCAUCGACUUCAUCACACAGAACUUCCAGACGGUAUCCUGCAGCGCGGAGUUCUUAGAGCUGCCGGCGUCGGUUCUGGAACGCGUCCUGCUGUCCGAUGAGCUCCGCGUUCCUGAUGAAGAAACCGUCCUGCAGGCGCUGCUCUGCUGGGUGAAACAUGACCUGUCGACGCGCACUAGCCUGAUGCAGCAGCUGCUAGCAUGCGUCAGACUGCACCACAUUCCCACUGCCACGCUGGAGGACGCCGCACGGAGCGAGGUGUUAACCGAUGAAUGCAGGAACAUGCUAACACAUGCGCUAGCGCAAACGCAGCAGUUCAGCGGAUUAUUCACCGACGCUCGAGUGUCAACGACGUCCACGUAUAUAUUCGUCCACAAAACUGAAGAAAGCAUGCGUCACGCGUUCUGCUAUGAGAUCGCGUCAGACCGCUGGACGGUGCUUCCAGAGGACGCCAUGCGGAUUUUCGAGCUACCUGGAUCAGUCUUAACUAGCUUUGCGGAGAAGCUCUUCAUAACCGGUGGAUGUCACAGCGAAUGUCCGAGAUCUAUUCGUACGCACAUUUCAUCGCCUCAUCAUGAAGCUACAGACGAGUUUUGGUGCUACUGUCCGAUUGCGCGCAGCUUUACGCCAGCACUGCGCAUGCGCCACACUCGCACCAUGCACACGUGCGUCGUCGCUCUCCAACGCAUGUACGUAAUCGGAGGAAAGCCGCGCGGCUUACGGGAUGUUCCUAGCAUUCUGGAUGUGGAGUAUUUUGAUCCUUUGAUGCGCGAGUGGAUUUCCGUUAGCCCUCUACCUAAAGGAAUAUAUUUUCCGGAAGCAAGUGCGUGUGGAGAUGUUAUUUACGCUCUCGGAUCUGAGGUGGAGAUUUCUGACGCAUUUAAUCCAUUGUUGGAUUGUUUUUUUCGUUAUGAUGCAGUUGCAGAUCAGUGGAGCCACCUAGUGGCGGAAUUUGGUCAGUUCUUCCACGCAAGGCUUGUGCAGUCGGUGUGUGUUAAUGAAACGUUGUACCUCUGCGAUUUAUCCAGCUAUAAGGUGUACAGCUUCUGUGCGGACGCGGGCGUGUGGAGGGGCGAGGGCUCAUUUGAGUGUGCAGGGUUUAACGCGGCUGCGGUCGGCGUCCGGGGGAAGAUCUUUAUUCUGGGUGGAGAUUACUCUCCAGACGAGGUCUCGGAUGAGGUGCAGGUUUAUGAUAGCAGUCGCUCCGAAUGGCAGGAGGUUUCGCCGAUGCCUCGAGCUCUGACUGAGUUUCACUGUCAGGUGCUGAACUUCAGCCGCUAUCGAGACCCCUGGCGGACUGAUUCAGCUGAACACUCAUCAGCCACAGGGGGCGCUGAAGAGUAAAGCCCUGUACAAACAAAGGUAAAUAUAAGGUAAAUAUAAAUAUUAGGGGUGUGAACUUACACUGGACAUACACUGGUUAUGAUUAUCAUGUCAUCGAUUCGGUUUAAUGUGAUAUCACAGUGCACUGUAGGCUUGGGCGGUAUACAAAUU